AAUAAUGUAACAACAAAAUUUUAGAAAAUAUUCUAAUUUUUUACAUUAUCUCAAACAAUUAAAGAUAAAUAUUUUUCCGAUAUCCAUUUUCUUAUUAAAGCAGAUGGCUGCCAUACACCAUUAACCAAUUUUUUUAUCACCUUGUUUGAUAGUAUAUUAAAUUAUUGUCAUUACACGAUAGUGUUUAAUUAUUUAAGAAUUGUUAUAAAGCAUAUUGAAUAUUUGACAAAAAUGAAAGAAAAACUAACAUAUUAAUUAUAAUGUUCUUAUAAUUUGCUACGGACUGUUAAUUAUUAAACUAUUAUGUCUUGUUGACUUAAAUAAAAUGGAAAGAAUCUCAAGAUAUUUUCUUUACCUUAUCUUAAUACAUAAUUAAUUACUAAAUCGAUAAUUUUAAGUAACAAAAAAAAUGGGAGGCAAAGGAUCCAAAACUACCAAAUUAAUACCGCUUAACAAAGAAGAAUGUGAUGCUAUUAAUAAUUUGAUGUGUUACAAAGAAUCAAUACUUAUUGACGAGUUAUUAAAUCGAUGGAAACAGUACCUUACUGAUAAUAUGGUCCAUCACAUUAAACAUAUAUUUACUAGUAACAAACAAUCAAAAACUCAAAUUGUUCAAAUAUAUCGAUACUUAGCUAUGAAUGAAGUUUAUCAGGAAAACUAUCGAAACUUAAUAUUACAAAUACUAUCUAAAUCAAAUUUUCAACAAUAUAUUGCUGAUUUAAUAGAAUCAAUACUGUUAUGUAUAAAUUCCACUAAUGAAUAUAUAGCAUGGACACAAAUUCAUACAAAAACUAAUGCACUUCCCUUAUUAAGCAUCUACUUCUCCAAUAUUGCUUUAGCUGGAGACAUUGAAAAUUGGUUACAAACUGAACAAUAUUUUGGUUUAAUGCAUAGAAUAUUAAUAACUACUCUUUACAAUGUACCAAUGAAUAAUAGUUUACUGCCAAAUGUGAAUAUCAACAAAAAAUUUAAGCAAUCCUUUCAUACUAUCUUAGAUUUUGGUUGGAUAAUGUUUAUCAAUAAGAACUUAUCUCAUGAUUGUCAAAGAAACUGGCGUUUAUUGUUUUCAUCUAGUUAUCACGGAGAAAGUUUUCAAUCAUUAACCACAGCUAUAAUUGAUCAAGGAUCAACAAUUAUUAUAGUUAAAGAUACCUCUGGUCAUGUAUUUGGUGGUUUUGCUUCACAACCAUGGCUCUUAAAACCAAAAUUUUAUGGAGAUUCAAGCUGUUUUUUAUUUUCACUGUAUCCAAAUUUAAAUUAUUGUGCAGCUAGUGGAAAUAACGAACAUUUUAUGUACAUGAAUAGUGGUCAGCAUACAUUACCAAACGGUAUAGGUAUGGGAGGUCAGAUGAGUUAUUGGGGAUUAUGGUUGGAUUCUGAAUAUGGAAAGGGACAAUGUAGUGUAUCAUGUUCAACAUUUUCUAAUUAUUUAAUGCCAGCUAAAUCAAAAGACUUUAUGAUUGAUUCUUUGGAAGUCUGGUGUGUAAAAGAAAAAUCAAGAAAUGAAAGUGAUGAAGAAGAAAGAAUAUUACCUAAUAAUAGAGAUAAUUGGGAUAUGAAACUACUUGAAAUGGCUGGUCGCACAAAGUACUCAGAUGGAUAUAGAGAAGAUGAAAAUAAAUAAAUAUAAAGUGUAUAUACCAUACAAUAUUAUUUGUUUUAUAUUGUAAAAUUCAAAAAUAACCUGCUAUACUAGGUAAUAGAAAUAAGUUCUUAAUUUUUCCUCAAUUUUACUCUUUCAUAAGUAUGCUGCAUUCAUUAAAUAUAAUUUGAAUAACACAAUUAAUUUAACUUUUUUCACUGAUAUUGAUGAAAUAUUUUUACUAAAUAAAUUCUAUUAAAUAAUUGUUGAAAGAAUAUUAUUUGUAAUUGUUUUAGAAAACAAGUAAUUAUGUAAGUGAAAAUAAAUUUGUAGUUUACACUAAAUACAAUAUUUUAUUUGAAACUUAUAUGUUACAUUUCUUUAAGAUCAAACAUUCAUAGACUAACAUUGCAUAAUGUAAAUGUUUCUCAUACCUCCAUUUUUUGAAUUUUUGUUACCCAGGACACAUAAAUUAAUAAAAAACUUCUUUAAAAAAAAUUAUUAAUUGCUCGUCAAUUUUUUUUAUUAAUGUUGUUUUAUAAUAUAGAAUGCUUAAAAUA